UAUAUAGCCAGGCAGCUGGGCAAAACAUAGAUCAGUUUGCUGAAAAAUAUGAAAUCGGUCACGUUCGUACUAUGCCUGCUGGUGCUGGGCGCCCACUCCCUCCUGGUGUUUGCCGUGGACUGCGAGGUGAGCGGCCACAAGAUGAAAACCGGAGAGAAAUACAGCCCGGAAGGUCGCUGCAUGCAGUACACAUGCGAGGGCCCCAGAAAACUGUCGGCCCUAACAUGCCCUAGCAUAGCCUCCUUGAAGCCCUGUAGGUUGAUAAGUGACUCUACCAAGCCAUAUCCCGGAUGUUGUCCUAAGUACGAGUGUUGAAGACAGCGACAAAAAACAAUACAAGCCAAAACUACAAGUUCUGGACUUGGAAAAACUACUGGAUCCAAACUGCUGAAUCAACUGAUAUUGACAAAGCCGAAAUUAUAAAAUAAUAAACAUUCCUUUCUGAUCAAAAACGAAUUCAGAAAGAAAAUAAUAAAAUUAAACUAAAAAGAA